AUGGCGACUGCCGAGCACACGUCGUCGUCGUCGUUGCCGUUCCGGCAGCGUCGACCUGCCGGAUGUGCCACGGUCAUGGCGGCAACGCUCCUGGCCCUGCUGGCCGCCUUCGGCCGCUUACCUGUGGCAGUGGCGGCGGACUCUUCUCCGGAGCUCAUCGAGCUGACGCUCCUCACCGGCGCACGGGAGAAGGGCGCAGUGUGCUUGGAUGGAAGCCCGCCGGGUUACCACUUCCAGAGAGGCUUCGGCUCCGGAUCCCGCAGCUGGAUCGUCUAUCUUCAGGGAGGAGCUUGGUGCAGCAGUGAUAACACCACAGAAACUUGUUCUGAGCGUAAAAUGACCUCCUAUGGUUCGUCCAAGCUUAUGGAAGCAAUGACCUUUGAUGGGAUAUUCAGUAACCAGCAGCCACAAAAUCCCGAUUUCUACAACUGGAAUAAAGUCUUUGUAAGGUAUUGCGAUGGGGCGUCAUUUUCUGGGGACGCGGAGGGUGAAGCACAGGAUGGAACUAAACUGUUCUUCAGAGGAUCGCGCAUCUGGGACGCAGUCGUCGAUGAACUCAUGGGAAAAGGGAUGGACACUGCUAAACAGGCCUUGCUUGCAGGCUGUUCUGCUGGUGGUCUAGCUACACUAGUGCACUGCGAUAAUUUUCGUGCAAGAUUUCCUCAGGAGGUUCCGGUCAAAUGCCUUCCUGAUGGUGGAUUCUUUCUUGAUGUAAAGGAUUUAUCAGGAGAAAGGCAUAUGCGAUCGAUCUUCAACGGAGUUGUUCAGCUUCAGAAUGUUAGCAAAGUUUUGCCCAAGGACUGCCUGGCAAAGAAGGAUCCAACAGAGUGUUUCUUCCCUGCUGAACUUAUCAAGAGCAUCAGCACCCCCACGUUUAUUGUGAACUCAGAAUAUGAUUCUUGGCAGAUUGCAAAUGUUGUUGCGCCAGACGGAUCGUAUCCUGGAGACACAUGGUCGAACUGCAGAGCUAAUAUUCGGAACUGCAGUUCCAAGCAGAUCGAUGUGCUGCAUGGAUUCAGGAGGGAACUCAUCAGGGAGCUGAAGGUUGCUGAAGGUGAACGGGACUGGGGGCUGUUCAUCGAUUCAUGCUACACCCACUGCCAAACUCAAUCGAGCGACUCAUGGCACUCGCCCACCUCCCCAAGGCUUGGUAAUCAGACUGUUGCAGAGGCUGUUGGGGACUGGUACUUCGGCAGAAGGCGAGUGGUGAAACAGAUCGACUGCAAGUACCCGUGCAACCCAACAUGUAGCAGCCAGUAG